AUGUGUCGCUUGGUUAAGGCCGUCACGUCAGCGCUCAACGUGAACUUUAGCAAAGUUGUACUGUGGACGGAUUCCCAAAUUGUUCUUUGUUGGCUGAACAAAUCACCCCAUGAACUCAAUACGUUUGUUGCCAAUCGGGUAGCAGAGGUUCAGCGAUCAACUGAUGGUUAUCAAUACAAAUACAUCCGGUCAUCAAUGAAUCCUGCAGACAUGGUGUCGAGGGGCGUUCUUCCGGAAGAGCUUACACAUAGCGAUGUGUGGUGGUAUGGACCAUCGUUCCUGAGAUCUGCCACAUUUCCAGAGUUCGAAUCUACAGAGGCAAUCGAAAUACCAGACGUCAAGGCUACGGUACUUCCUGUCAGCAGACAAUCGAUGGAGUUUCCAGUUCUCGAAAAAUACAGCUCUUUCCGCAAACUGCGAAGAUCGAAGAAUGGCAAAUGA